CUUAAUCCUUUAUAUCCGCUAAUACCGCAACACACAUUUACCCACAAGUACCAUCUGCCGGUUACCGACGUAUGUGACCGAGUUGAGCGGCCGAGCUGCUGUUUGGGACGUUUUUUUUUUAAUCGACACCUGCUGCACUCUGACAGACGGAAACAGAGCCCAGCUGAUCAGCAUGGCCUCGUCUGAUGAUGCAGAGGGAUCCCUGACGCCCGUGGACUUCAUCCAGCUGCAGCAGUACAUGGAAUACAGCAGUUUGAGGGUGAAAGACGUGAUUAAGGAGUUUCAUGCAGGAGGUCGGCUGGCUCAGCACAGCGUUGGAGAGUGUGUCGAUGCCGUGGGCUUCUGCCUCUUUCUCAAGACUUACUUAGAAGUGGACGACUUCCCUGCAGAUUUCUGCCAACGCCUUUUCCGCUAUUUUCAACACGUAGAGCAAGAUGGUCCCACAAAGAGCGCUUUGCCCAAAGGAGGCGGGGUCUUUCUUCGUGAUGUGUCCUGUUACUUCUCAGUGCUGGAAGAUGGACAGCCACGGGAGAAGCUUGAAUUUACAUUCAAACUGUACGACAAAGACUGCAACGGACUCCUGGACAGCUCUGAGGUGGAUCGUAUCAUCACCCAGAUGAUGCGAGCUGCUGAUUACCUCGGCUGGGACGUGACUGAACUCAGACCAGUGCUAAAGGACAUGAUGACGGCGAUCGACGUGGACGACAGCGGCACCGUCACCCUGGAGGAGUGGCUGAAGGGAGGCAUGAACAAUGUGCCUUUACUUGUUCUGCUCGGACUCAAGAUGACAGAGAGAGAUGGGCAGCACAUCUGGAGGAUGAAGCAUUUUAACAAGCCGACCUACUGCAGUGUGUGCCAGGGCAUGUUGCUGGGCCUCGGCAAGCAGGGACUCUGGUGCACCUGUUGCAAGUACAUCGUCCACAGCCAGUGUGCCAACAAGAACCCCGAACCCUGCGCUCGAACCUUUGUCAAAUCCAAAAAGGAAAUAGGUAUAGCAGCUCAUGACUGGAUCAGAGCUGACUGUAACUCCACCAAGUGUCAGGUCUGCCACAAGAAGAUCAAAACUUUAGCGGGGAGGCGUUGUGUGUGGUGCCAGGAGAUGCGUCAUGAUGAGUGUCUUUUCUCUGGAUUAUCGACGUGUGAUUGUGGCCCACUGAGAGAUCACAUACUGCCUCCAUGGGCCAUCUAUGCCGUCUCAAAGGAGGAGGACACCAGCCUGUUGAACGUCACUCCUGAUGGCCACGUCCUGCAGAUUGUUCCAAUUCCAGACACCCACCCUCUGCUGGUGUUUGUAAACCCAAAAAGUGGAGGAAAGCAAGGUGAACGAGUGCUCAGGAAGUUUCAGUACCUGCUGAACCCACGUCAGGUGUACAACCUGUCCAACGGAGGUCCUGCUCCAGGGCUGCAUUUUUUCCGCAACCUGCAUGAGUACAGGAUCUUAGUGUGCGGAGGAGACGGUACAGUCGGGUGGCUCCUGGAUGCAAUAGACAAAGAGAAUCUGCAGGUGCAUCCCCCUGUAGCUGUCCUGCCUCUGGGCACCGGGAACGACAUGGCUCGCUGUCUACGCUGGGGAGGAGGAUAUGAGGGGUCAGACCUGAGAGAAAUCCUGAAGGAGAUUGAAGGCAGCGAGUUGGUUCCGUUGGACCGCUGGAGCAUCCAGGUGAUACCAGACGACCCUCAGGAGGCAGGAGACCCGGUUCCCUACGAGAUCAUUAACAACUACUUCUCUAUUGGAGUGGAUGCCUCGAUUGCUCAUCGUUUCCACUCCAUGAGAGAGAAACACCCCCAGAGGUUCAACAGCAGAAUGAAGAACAAGCUUUGGUAUUUUGAGUUUGCCACCUCGGAGACCAUCUCUUCCUCUUGUAAGAGGCUAAAGGAUUGUUUCAAGAUUGAGUGCUGUGGGAGACAGCUGAACUUGAGCAACAUGUCUCUAGAAGGAAUAGCUGUCCUCAACAUACCCAGCAUGCACGGAGGCUCCAACCUCUGGGGUGAAUCCAAGAAGCCUGACGGUGCAGCAGAAGUGGAGCACAGUGAAGUCAUCACCGACCCCGAACUUCUUAAAACAGUCUCACAAGAUAUUAGCGAUAAGCGUUUGGAGGUUGUGGGGCUGGAAGGAGUCCUAGAGAUGGGACAGAUCUACACUGGACUGAAGAGCGCCGGACACAGACUGGCACAGACCUCCCAAAUUACCAUCAGGACAAGCAAAGCUCUGCCCAUGCAGAUUGAUGGGGAGCCCUGGAUGCAGCCUCCUUGUACUAUCCACAUAACUCACAAGAACCAAGCCAACAUGCUGAUGGCUGCACCGGUCAAACCAUCCGGCUUCUUCCACCUCAAGUAGAGAAAUUCUUGCUCUACAUGAUCCAGUCUGCUGCAGGUUGCCGGUGUUGGCACAAAAAAAGCUGCAGGAUGACUAUUUUAAAGGAGAACGUCCACUGCUGAGUGUGUAACUGUAUGUUUUUAUUAUUCCGUUUUAUCGUGUUUGUCCUUUGCACUUAAUCCCUGCUGUAAUUGUAAACUCUUGCUUGCACAGACUCAGACAAAACUGACGGACCAAAUCAAAAGUGCAACUUUCAUCAGACGGGUCGCUGCUAUUGUGUGCCAAUUCAGAUAUAACGCAUUUCUGUAAAUAACAAAGCAGAGUAUGUUGUGUAUCUACAGUAUAUAGAUAAGAAACAUCCUAUUUACUUCAAGUAUUUUACGUUGUGAUGCUUCUUUUUGUGUUGAAUCGUAUUUACAGUAUUGUCUUGUUGAGUUUCCUCUGCACCUAGAGCAGCUCACCUCCAUCCACAAUGCUCUCCUGCCUGUGUGUGUUCAUGUCUUUCACCAUCAGUGUUCAUCCAGUUGAAUGAAAAGUAGAUAUUCACUGUAUGUUAGAGUUCAUCCUAAAUAGAUGAUGGAAUAAUGUGAGAAUACCUGACUGAAUGUGACUGCAUGGGGCUUUAGUACAGCUCUCCCAGAUUUACUAAGCUUAAUGUAAUGUGUGUUGAAGUAAGUUAAGAUGUACUGGACAUGAGUAAUAUUCGCUUCUAUCGUGUUCUUGUCCUGCAGUCAACAUUGUGACAGGAUUCUCCCAUUAAAAGAGCACACUAAAGAUUACUGAUAAUGUAGUAAUGCUAAAAUAUGGUGAAAUUAUCUAAAGUGCUGCAUUUUGUGACUGGAGGAAAAAAUACAAGUUCAAGCUGACAUGUUGUUUCUAUAAUGUGCAUUAUGUGUCUUCAGCUUUCAGGCAUCUGUCUUUUUGUUUGAUUUGUUCGAUUCAUGAAUGCUUAAAUGUUUAUUGUUCAGAUCUUAAUGUCUUAAUGUCAAGUUGUGUGUCGGUCAUUUGGAUGUGUUUCUCGGCAAUAAUGUGUUUUCAUUUUAAAUGCAGCACCGCACUGACAAACUAUAUUUUACCCGCUGCCUCAUUAUGCCUCAUUAUCAUGUAAACACAUCUUUUUGUCUCUCUGUAAUUAAUGCCCGAGUCUUUUUAUUUUAAUAUAGAUAAAUAUGUUGUUCUGGACUCCCUGCACUGUGAGAGACAACCAUUUUUAGUGUUAAAGUCAUCUUAAAGACAAACGGCAGCACAUCCCAAGGUUUACAUAAUAGCUAGUUUUAUUUAUUGGCUUGUUCAACAAAGAUAAUUGCUGCUUAUAGCAUUUUUUUCAUUUGUAUUCACAAGAUAUAGUCACCUAAAAACAGAAUGUACGAUUAAAGUGAAUACAGUAGGAAGAGCAACAGGGUUGUAACCACCUACUAAAUAAAUAAAGACACAUUUGCUUGUACAAA